GUAGACCACGGAAAGUAGAAGACAGCGGAUUUUAGAAUUCAUCUGUGCCGCUAGUCAAACCGAGGCUUCAAACUUUCUACCAGUGCGCACUGAAGUCCAGUGGUCCCGCAGAGACAACAGUACUUUAAUCCGACGGAAUUAGAGGGUGCCCUUUUGCAAAGUUGAGAUAAUAUUUAACGAAGAUUGCAGAAGUCCAUAGUUCCUUACUUCUGGUGUUUUUUCUAUUCUUCUUUUUAACCACACAGUGAAGAAGGCUUCAGCCCUUUUGGAUUCUUCAGACACAGAACUGGUCUUCUCAUCUUUGAGUAAUUAAUCAGCGCUGAUGAAAAUAUGCUGAGGCACUGUGCCCGAGUGCUUCUGGGUGUGGUAGCAGCCGUUGUCGUCAUCACGCUAAUAGCAGUCCCAACGGCGAUAUAUUUAAACGACACAGGAAGUGUUCCCCGGCAGACUUUCAAACUUGAGGACUACUUCAAUGAUACCAUUAGAUAUUGGACAUAUAAUCUGCUGUGGAUAUCAGACACCGAAUACCUUCAUAAAACAGAAGGCUCUGUGUUUCUCCACAAUGCUAAAACGGGAAACUCUUCAUUAUUUUUGAACAAAACUACAUUUGCUCAAGUGGAUGCCAAUGACUACUUGUUGUCUGCUGAUCGGAAAUAUGUGUGCUUCGAGAGCAAUUACACGAAGCAAUGGCGACAUUCAUUCACUGCUUCUUAUUCCAUCUAUGAUGUUGAAAACAUGAGCUUUGUCACACCAUCAGACAUUCCUCCCAAAGUGCAGUACUUAACAUGGGCCCCAACAGGAAAUAAACUGGCCUUUGUUUGGAAGUACAAUGUCUACCUGAAACCAAAUGCCACUGCAACUGCUAUCCAAGUAACAACCAACGGAGAGGAGAAUAAAAUUCUCAAUGGUGUGCCUGACUGGUCGUAUGAGGAGGAAAUAUUUGCCUCAAAUUAUGCUCUGUGGUGGUCACAAAGUGGAAUGUACCUGGCCUACGUUGAAUUCAACGACACAUUGGUCCAAACUAUAGACUAUUCCUGGUAUGGAGAGGGAUUGUAUCCCGAAACAGUUGCCAUUCCAUAUCCUAAGGCUGGGUCAAAAAAUCCUGUGGCAAAGUUGUUUGUUGUUGAUACCACAAACACAUCAAGAAUUACAGAGGUUAUAGUGCCAGCUUCAGUUGGAGCAAGUGACCACUAUUUGACCUCCGUCACCUGGGUUACUGACGAGCGCAUUGCAGUUCAGUGGCAGACCCGGAGACAGGACACCGUUCUUUUACAGAUAUAUGACUUUGACGGAAAUCACUGGAAUGAGAGCACGAGUCACGAAGAGACAAGCAAGACAGGUUGGGUUGGCCAUUACUCGCCUCUUCGUCCUUUCUUUGCUGCGGACAAUAUCAGUUUUUACAAAGUGAUGAGUGACUCAGACGGUUAUAAACACAUCCAUUACGUGUCUUCUGGUAUUGCAAUACCCGUGACUUUUGGUGAAUGGGAGGUCAUCUACAUUUCAAAAUUGACCAAAGAUGCCAUAUAUUAUGUAAGCAAUGAAUACAAAGGGCCCGGGAAGAGAAACCUUUACAAGGUCGUGAUCGCUGAAGGAGGCAACCAUUCCACUCCAGUGUGCCUCACCUGUGGCCUGCAUGGAGACAGGUGCCAGUACAACUCAGCCUACCUCAGCGCUGAUGCCAGCUACUACCGCAUGGACUGCUACGGACCAGGGUUACCUCUGUACACGCUCAGAGACAAUAGAAACUCUGGCUCAGAGAUUAGUGUUCUUCAGGACAACAAAGAUUUGGAGCUCAUUCUAAAGGACUUUAACAUGCCAACCAUCCGUCGGGGCACGUUCAAAGUCGGAGGGUUUGACCUUUGGUACCAGAUGAUAUUACCACCUCAAUUUGAUGAAUCAAAAAAAUACCCACUUCUGAUUGAUGUGUAUGGAGGCCCAUGCAGUCAAAAAGUAGAUUUUCGAUUUAGGCUGUCCUGGUCCACGUACCUGGCCAGCACAGAACAGAUUAUUGUCGCCAGCUUUGAUGGAAGGGGAACUGGUUACCAAGGUGAUAAGAUAAUGCACGCAAUCUACCAGCGUCUGGGAACAUAUGACGUGGAAGAUCAGAUAUCGGCUGUAAGAAAAUUCAUUGAUAUGGGCUUUGUGGACAAAGAAAGAAUUUCUAUAUGGGGUUGGUCAUAUGGUGGAUAUGUCACUUCCAUGGCUUUGGGUGCUGGAACUGGACUUUUCAAGUGUGGAAUAGCAGUUGCCCCAGUCUCUAAGUGGGAAUAUUAUGACUCAUUCUACACUGAACGUUAUAUGAGACAACCUACAGAAAAUCCUGAUUUCUACAAAAAUUCCUCAGUUACAAGUAGAGCCAAAAACUUCAAAUCAGUGGACUAUCUUCUUGUUCAUGGGACUGCUGAUGACAAUGUCCAUUUCCAGCAAUCUGCACAGAUCUCUAAGGCCCUUGUUGACGCGCAAGUGGACUUUGAAGCGAUGUGGUACACUGACAAGGACCAUGGGCUAAGGGGAUCCGCUUUCCACCAUGUCUUCAUUCAUAUGAGCCACUUCCUCCAGAAAUGCCUGACCAAAGCCAAAUAGAGCCACAUCCAGUCUCUGCUGUGAAUCUGCUGUCUAUACGAUCAAUUGAUGUCCUUUGUGUCUAUAUGCGAUCCUGCGUGCGUGCUCUGUUUAUGACUGUGGUAGACAUAGAGAACUUGAGCCAUUGAACAGUUAAUGGGAGGAAGACUGAAAUUGCACUGAUGGUAUUGGUGACUUAGGAUUCCUAUAGGAUGAAGUCUGGUGGUAUUCCGUAUGAAAAAGGAUGUAUUGCCGUCAUUAUUCUGUGCUUACUUUUGCAUUUGAAAUAGCUGUAAGGAACUGCGAAAGUGCUGUAGCUAACAUUUAUUCAAGACCUUUGCAUGUUUCUGGAAUUGUCUCUUUUCUCUGUCGGUGCUAACAUGCGCACAUUCCUGAUUUUAAAAAAGUUGUUACAAUGUGUGUUCAGACGUACAAUAAAAUGUAUUUAAAGCGUU